AUGGCUCGAUCCGUCCGCAAGUACGUCGCCCGCGUCACCAAAGGGCUCACUGGCGUUUUCCAUAGCUCUCGGGAACGCCAAAAUCCUGCUUCUGCACCGGAUGAAACACCCGCGCCCCAGGCUGCUGGGUCGGCCCCGACUGAGGUUCUCCCGGCCACAAAGGUCCCGGCGUUGGACACCGUGGAUGCGUAUGUCGUCGAUAAGCUAGUCGAGGAGGACUCUGUCGGAGCAAGCCAGCGAAUCAAGGUCUCGUGCAGCUCUGAUGUCUGCAACGCGAAGGUGAUCGAUGGCCUUGUCGCUGGUUAUGCGCGUUUCGUCUCUUCCUUGACGGGCCUUGAGGACGUCGCCUUUUGCUCGACUCGUCACUCACCGUUUGUGGGCUCGGAGCCUGUGAAGUCGAUUAUUACUGCCUCUCUUGUGCAUGAUGGCGACCAGAGCAAGCUUGUCUCUCGCGAAGUCGAUGCGAAACAGCACAACGACGAUGAAAUCCAAUUCUACGCUGAGCUGGGGUUCGGUGUUGGGCCUGAAAAUGGCGGACACAGACUCCCCUCUCGCGGAACCGCAUUUAUACUGUUCGUCGAGCCGGACAGAAAGGAGAAUGCCCUCCAUAUCAGCUUCGCAUUCCCGCGACGUCUGAUUCCGAGCGCAGCGGUAGAGCAACUGCUGCGUACGCUCUCACUACAUGUCGCCGAUUCUUCUCCAUUAUUUACCAUUUCAGCGCCAGAGCCUGCAUUAUCAGUUUUGAAUUUCCCCCCAUCUAUGAUACCCCCUACUGCGCAAGUAGAUGGCGCUGAGGGCUCGGCGACAGACUCGCAUCUUCUGCAUGCUGGUUUUGAGAGCUGCGUCCAAAGGACCCCGCAUGCCAUCGCCUUGGAUUUCGUUCAUUCACUUGGAUCUGAGACGACAGCAUCAAAGCAUAGCAUUCUCACUUAUGCCGCCCUCGAUACAGCGGCUUCUAAUCUGGCGGCUCAUAUUAGAUCGCUUUUGGGCACUGACUGUUCCCCUGAACAUAAGGGCAUUAUUCCUGUUAAUAUGCCGACCUCACCUGAACUAUAUAUCUCAUAUCUUGGUAUUCUGAAAUUAGGCCAUGCAUUCUGUCCUGUGCCCCAAGAUGCUCCCGCUCAAAGAAUACAAGAGAUCCUUCGCGACAUUGCUUCUCCUAUCGUUCUCGGCAACACGCCAGAACCCUCAACGGAGUCCCGACGAGAAACCGGGACUGCAUACGAGUCUACACCAACUUGGGUAGAUGUUGCUGAAGUUUCGAAAUGGAAGCAUCUGCAAGGCAACUCGACUCUCGCCUCCGGCGCUGGAACAUCACUGCAGCCCGUACCUCUCGACCAGACCGACACGGCCUACCUGCUAUUCACCAGCGGGUCUACCGGAAAGCCGAAAGGCGUUCAAGUCAGUCAUUUAGCUGCUGCAUGUUCCAUUUCGUCUCACGCCAGCGCGAUUCCCCUCCCUGGAAAGUCUGCUGGAGAUUUCCGCUGGUUCCAGUUCGCAUCGCCUUCUUUCGACCCUUCGUUGAUGGAAAUAUUCGUCACCCUGAGCAGUGGCGGUACUCUCUGCUCUGCUGACCGACGGCUGACUCUGGCCAACCUGGAGGGUACGAUCAAUGAGGCGAGAGCCACAAUCAUGAUGGCUACGCCUAGUUUGGCAUCACUUCUCCGACCCGAGCGCUUGAAUACCCUUGAAGCGCUGUGGUCGAUGGGAGAGAAACUUAACCGCACCGUGAUUGACAAUUUUUCACCGAUCCCAAGCGUGAAUGGGGCUUCAGAUCAGCCCAAGUCGAGAACCUUGGUGAACGCGUAUGGUCCAACCGAAGGAGCCAUCAACUGCACGUUCGUCUCGCCAUUCCAGCGCGACAUGCGUGGAUCCAUUAUUGGAGAGCCCUUGCCCACCUGUGCAAUGUUAGUUCUUUCACCUGAUAGUAAAGACCCCGUACCUGUCCCAACUGGUACCGUUGGAGAACUGGCAAUCGGAGGACCACAGGUGAGCAAAGGCUACCUUAACCGUCCUGAAGAAACAGCCAAGUCGUUCGUCCCCAGUGAGAAGUAUGGGGACCUUUAUCGAACCGGCGACAAGGCACGUAUCGUCUGGGAUAAAAACGGAGCCCAGGUUAUUGAGUAUCUAGGGCGCAUUUCCACGGACCAGGUUAAGAUUAACGGACGCCGCGUGGAGCUUGGGGAAAUUGAAUCCGCGAUUGCAACUGUACCUGGUAUCAUAGAAGUCGUGGCCGUGGUCGUGAAUAGAGACACGAAGUCUGCAGGAAACGAGCAGAUUGUUGCUUGUCUCGUGGCAAACGAUGAUACCGAAGGAGAGAAAGAACGGAUAAUUGAACAGGCCAAGAAGAGCACGGCGCAGCAUCUUAAUUCAUCAAUGUGUCCAUCUGCCUAUAUGUUCUUCGAAUCUUUGCCGCGAUCGAGUUCUGGCAAGGUGAACCGCAAAGCCCUGUCUGCUACACUAGAGGAAGAGAAGAUCAGUAUGCCUGUCGCCAAUGGCCAUACUGCAGACAAGUCAGAUGGCUGGGAGGAUAUCGAUGACGAGGACCUGCGUUCAACACGGCAACUGGUGAUCCGUCUCAUGGCGCAGACGACAGGCGAGGACGCUUCCAUGAUCAAGCCAGGAACAGAAUUGUACUCGAUGGGCUUGGAUAGUCUCGGUGCCAUGCGACUGCUACAAAAGCUGAAGGACAACGGCGUCGAUGGUUUAUCAGUGAGCGAUGUACUACAGUCGCAGACAUCGCAGGAGCUCGUCUCCCUCAUCCACCGCCACCAGACGAGUCUGAAUGUCAAGACAAAUGGUGCACACCCAGAUAACCAGGUGGAUAGCCUCCAGUCAAGUCUCGCGUCAUUCGACCAACGCAAUCGAACGCGCUGUGCAGAAAGUCUCGAGGUCUCAUCUGAUUAUAUCAAAGAAGUGCUGCCCACCACCGCAACCCAGUCUGGCAUGUUGACGAGCUUUCUCCGUAGUUUGGCAGACGAAUCUUUUACAAAGCCAACCUACAUUUACCACACGGUUCUUCCUCUCGAGGCUAACGCCGACAUUGCAAAGCUGAAGGCAGCUUGGGACCAAGUUAUCGCCAAUUAUGACUCUUUCCGCACGCUGUUCUGCAUGGUGGAUGACGAGCUGGCGCCGUUUGCGCAGUGCAUUUUGACACCUGGCAGUGGCCCUAAGAAAGACUGGGAUAGUUAUACGAGUCCAAACGAGAAUGCCUCUGAGGAGGACAUUCUCGAUAAUGCCCUUCGGACUGCCGAAGAGUCCAUCGAUUUGAGCACGCCGCCUUGGAAGCUAUCACUUGUGGAAUCUUCUGGUCGAUCGCUACUGAUACUGAGCAUGUUCCACGGAAUCUUCGACGGCGGGUCCUUGCAGCUUCUGUUGGAAGAUGUGUUUUCAGCCUACUCUGCGAAACCAUUGCCGCAGCGGACGUCCCUGAACCACAUUGUCAAGAAUCACCUCCAGGCAGACCACGCUUCGACAUCGCGUCACUGGAGUCAGUAUCUGCAGGGAUAUGUUCCUGUAGAAUUCCCGUCUGUCACUCCGUACCGCACCCCAACCGACAAGACUUCAGGAUACGUCGAGGUUAGUUCUACUGUCGGCCACGAAACCCUGAAGAAACUGUCGAGGAGUAUCGGUUCAACGCCGCUUUCCGUGCUGCAGGCAGCCUGGGGUGCGAUCUUAUUGAGCUACACAGGCACUCCCGAUCAAGACGUGGUGAUGGGUAGUGUGGUGUCUGGGCGACUAGAUGAGGAUUCUCAGGCGUGCAUUGGUCCGACGUUCACGAUAACGCCGGUGAGAGUUGCCAUCCAGCAGCUCAAGACAGAUUCCGGAAUGUCAAACAAGUUAAUCGCUCGCCACCUAUCGUCGUCUAACGCCAAAGCGCUGUCACAUCUGCAGCCUCAAUUAGGGUCGGUCACAGUCGAUGGCAAAGUCCCGUACGACACGGUUCUUGCAUACCAGGACUUUGGAUCAGAUCGUGCCUCUUCUUCGCUUUGGGGUUCAAUCCAACACCCAGCUAUGGCCAACGACUUUACGGUGAUGGUAGAGGUGGUUCCUGAACCAGACCGUUCACUGACCCUGCGUGCUACCUUUGACAGCAAGUUAGAUUCCGCCGCGGCUGAGAUAAUGUUACGACAGAUGGACGAUGUUGUUCGCUAUAUCCUGGAAGUGCCGACCGGGAAUUUCGAGGACGCUCACUUGCAAGCCCGAUCGGAUCUCAAAUCGAGCGCCAAUCCUAAUCCAAUUACGGCCCCGGAGGUUGCUGAAGGUGCACUUCUACAGUCGCAGUUUGAAGAGCAUGCCGCCUCACAUCCAGAUGAUCUAGCAUUGAUAUUUAAGCAGGACCUGGAUAAUGAAGCAAACCCAGGAAACAUCUCAUGGACGUAUAGCGAGCUCAAUUCAAUGGCUGAGAAUCUUGCGGAGCACUUGCAUCAAGUUUGUGGAGACUUGAUAGAUGCUUCAGUCCCGAUAUGCAUUGAGAAGAGCCCUUCUUUGUAUGUUGCUAUUCUUGGGAUCAUCAAGGCUGGCGGUGCCUGGUGCCCCAUCGACACACUGUCUCCCACCCAACGCCGUCAUGAUCUAAUUGCACGAACGAGUGCCGGAGUUCUGCUUGUUUCCCAGUUGGAUGAGGACCAACCGGAGGGUGCAAUUCCUGCCGGAGUCAAGGUAAUCGACGUCAGCCAGUUCACUCAGAAUGUUACUGUCAGUAAGGAUCAACAGUCGACACGCAGCCGGCCUACCCCUAACAACACAGCCUAUUUGAUCUGGACCAGCGGUACCACAGGUGCCCCGAAGGGAGUCCCGAUCACGCACGCCGCAGCUGUUUCCAGUAUGAAAUCGCUGCAGGCUGAUAUUCCAGGAAAUGCCGACGGUAGCACAGUCCGCUGUUUGCAAUUCUCGCAAUGUACUUUCGACGUGUCGGUUCAGGAUAUCUUCUAUACCUGGGGUAUAGGAGGCGUGCUUAUUGCUGGAACAAGGCAGAUAAUGCUGGAAUCUUUCCCUAAACUCGCGAAUACCACGCAGGCAACACAUGCCCACCUCACCCCUGCCUUUGCAGCUGGCGUUCCCCGCCAGAGCUGCAAGACACUCAACGUAGUGACCAUGAUCGGCGAGAAACUGACGCCGUCUGUAGCGGACGACUGGGGCACGGAUAUGAAAGCCUACAACACAUACGGACCUGCCGAGGUCACGGUUGUCUCAACGAUCCGCGAGUUUGGAAACGAGCACAAGUCAAUAAAAAGCGCAAACAUCGGCUGGCCUAUGGAGACUGUUUCGGUAUUCGUGAUGAAGAACCAACACAUCGUCAUGAAGAACGCCAUCGGCGAAUUGGCACUCGGCGGUCCCCAGCUUUCACCAGGUUACUUGAACCAAAAGGAUGUCACGGAAGCCAAAUACGUCUGGAACGAGGAGGCUGGACAGCGGCUUUACUACACCGGUGACCUGGUGAGAAUGCUUUCUGAUGGUUCGCUUGAGUAUAUCACACGAGUUGAUGACCUGGUCAAGCUUGGUGGAAUUCGAAUUGAGCUUAGUGAGAUCAGCUUUGCUAUCCGUGGCUGCCAUCCUCAUGUUGAGACUAUCGAGACGCUUGUCUUGAGCCGACCUGAUAGACCUACCCAGGUUGUGGUUGCGUUUCUUUCUGCUCCGAAGGCAGCGGCUGAAAACCAUGAUGGAAACCUACUGCUGUUGCAAGACACUGGACGCGACAUCGCCCGUGCCGCGAGCGACCAAGCACGCAAGUCGCUGCCUGAGAAUAUGAUACCGUCUGUGUAUCUGGUCGUCACAAGUAUUCCGAAGACUCCCUCGGCGAAGGUUGACCGUCGGGCAUUGCAAGCUGCGUAUGCAUCUGUGGAUCUCGAGAGGUGGGAAAGUGAAGUUAACCCAGAGGACCCCACGAGUGACCCCGAGGACGAGGUUGAUACCUCUAUAAGCGCACAGAUCAUUGCACUUGUAGCGUCCUUGGUCGGUGUUGAUGCCUCCACGAUCACAAAGUCCAACCGGCUCAGAAGCCUUGGUGUUGAUUCACUACGCGCCACUCGCCUUGCUUUUAGACUCAAGGAGGCGGGCCAACGUAUCUCAGUUAUGGACGUUCUAGCAUGUAUUACGGUUUCCGAUCUUAUCAAGCUAGCCCGGUCAUCGAGUGCCAAAAGUACAGAGUCUGGGAAGUUCGACGUAAAGGCCUUCGAUGAUGCAUGGCACGAAGCAAUUGCCGGCAAGCUGUCUGACGAGUUCACAACAGUACGCGCCACUGCAAUCCAGGAAAGUCUGCUUACUGAGACCAUGGGCACUUACAACAUGUACUGGAGCAAUCACUUCUUCCGACUGGGUCCAAACGUCGAUAUUCCCCGGUUGAGACAGGCCUGGUUUGCCGUCUGCCAGAAGACGGAGGCACUACGAACAGGUUUUAUUCCAGUCGCCGAAGCGCGGAACCAGAAGCCAAGCGAUACACUGAACUUUUCUAUUCUGCAGCUGAUAUACAAGCUUCCUGAUCUAGACUGGGAGUAUCACAAAUGUUCUGAUGAUGAGUGGAUGGAAGUAUUCAGUACCCGGGUCGAGGAUAUCAUGUCUCAACACCAGAAGAACUAUUUCAGGAACCCGCCGUGGGCGGUUACGCUUCUCGACAAGGGCAGUGAAAGGGUCAUGGUGCUUACUUUGCAUCACUCCGUGCACGACGAGCCUUCCCUUCGCUUUAUCAUGGACGAUGUACGCAGCGCAUAUACGUACAAGCCCCCGAUCAGAAACCAACUCAGCGACGCACUUUCGAUUCUGCUUGCCAAUGAGAAUAGAUAUUCGGAGACCGUUGGGUUCUGGCAAUCCGAACUCAAGACAUUUGCCGACCUGGAUACCCCGGUGUGGCCAGAUCUCACAGGAAAGAGACUUCCCCCAGGAGUUACCCCUGAAUACCGAUUAAUAUCUGAGGAGAUCCCUAUGACAGAGUCGGUCUCUAAGGUGCAAUCUGUUGCCGCGAGCAUGGGACUACAGUCUUUUGCCUCCAUAAUCCGCGCCGCGUGGGCUUAUGUUUCACUGUCAUACCUUGGGCUACCGGCUACAGUUUUUGCGGAAACAUUGUCUGACCGAGUAUUUGACCCUUCUCUUGAAAGCACCGUUGGGCCUUUCAUAUCCGUUGUGCCGAUUCCAUUCCAUCCUCAGGGAACUGUUCGGGAGAUCCUUCUGGAGCAGCACAGGGUAUCUGUGCAAUCCUGGAAACACCGCCAUAUUCACGCGCGUGAUAUCCGGAAAGCCCUGAACCUGCCUAGAGGAGAGCCACUAUACCCUGCUGUCUUUAACUUCCAUGGGGAUAAUGAGUUGCCCACGAACCGAUCCUUGCCUGAUAUUUGGGUUGAGCUUGAGGAUCAGAUAGGGUUACAUGUUGAGCACGCAAUGGCUAUGAACGUCUUCCAAACUGCAGACGGGAGUCUCGCACUGGAGGCAUCGUCAGACAGCCGACUAUUCAGUCGAGAGCACUUGCGCCUUUUUGUCCGGCAGAUUGACAGUCUCAUCACCUCCAUGUUAUCAACCCCGGACGAGUCAUUCCCCAGUCUAGUCAGCGGGCUUUCAUCUGACUUGCGCUCGCUAUCGAAUCGAGAGGUUAGCGACGAGGUCACCAACUCGGUCUACCAAGCCCCGACAUACUGGCUAGAGAAGAACGCGGACGCUCACCCCGACUGGACAGCAGUCGAGGUGGCGAGCAGUAUUACAACAGACGGCAUCGAGAAGGAGACAAUGAGCUAUGCCACAUUGAACGGUGAAGCGAACCGCGUGGCUGCCUACUUGGCCUCCUUUGGAUAUAAAAACCGAGUCAUCGGUGUUUGUGCAGGGCGGACGCUGCCUUCCUACAAGGUCAUUAUUGGUAUUUUCAAAUCUGGGAAUACUUACCUCCCCAUCGACGAAAGUCUGCCAGCUGAGCGGAAGGCAUUCCUAAGUGAGGAUGCAGACUGCCCAAUUGUCUUUACCGAGACCAGCUUUUCGGCCUCGUUUGCUGGUGUUCCAGACAGUUGCCGAGUUGAAUGCAUUGACGACCCCGGGCUUCAGAAGUCAAUCGCUGGAAUGUCUUCUGAGAACCGAGAUUAUAAUUCCCAUCCGGAUGAUAACUCGUACCUAUUGUUUACAUCCGGGUCGACUGGAAAGCCGAAGGGUGUGAUGGUGACCAGGGCCAACCUCUCAUCCUUCAUCGAGUCUAUCUCAGAGUUCGCAUGCCAGAUUGCCCCAGCUACAUUGGAGUUAGGAGGCACCGGCAGGUACCUCGCGCAAGCCAACCGCGCUUUUGACCCUCAUUUAUUAGAGAUGUUCUUCCCCUGGCGCCAUGGGAUGGCCACCGCUACAGCACCAAGGCCAAUGAUCCUCGAUGAUAUCGGGACAACUCUGUCGAAGUGGGAUAUCACCCAUGCAAGUUUUGUGCCCUCGCUUGUCGACCAGUCGAACAUUACUCCCGAGCAGUGCCCUACACUUAGAUUCAUGACUGUCGGCGGAGAGAAAAUCACCCAAAAGGUACUUGAUACAUGGGCUUCCGCUCCUAACGUCGCUAUCGUCAAUGCCUACGGUCCUACUGAAGCGACAAUUGGCUGCACAUUCGCCCAUAUCAACAAGAGUACUAACUUGAGAAACAUCGGGCCACCCUUGACUGCCUGUGCAGCCCACGUUCUCAUCCCAGGUACAAUGGAUUAUGCCCUGAGGGGACAAACGGGUGAGCUAUGUUUCAGCGGCGACCUUGUCGCAAAGGGGUAUCUCAAUCGACCAGAUGCAACUGGCUUCCUGACCGGGCCUGACGGCGUCAAGAUGUACCGCACCGGAGAUGUCGGGCGACUGAUGGGCGACGACUCCGUGGAAUAUCUCGGACGCGGUGACGAUCAAACUAAAAUCCGCGGCCAGAGACUUGAACCAGAAGAAGUUUCAGAAGUACUGCGUUCAUCAUCGCCUGUAUCCAUCGAUGUUGUCACAACUGUCGCAAAACACCCCGGGCUCGCCAAAAUCCAGCUUAUUUCGUUUGUGUCUCGAUCACAGCGUGGGAGGAAGCACGAUGAUGUCGCGUUCCUUUAUUCCGACUUCUCUACGCUCGGUCGAGAGCUCCAAGAGAUAUGCCGCAAAAAGCUGCCUGGAUACAUGGUCCCCGAGCUGAUUUUGCCUGUCACGUCUAUCCCUGUUGCAGCGAUGUCUGGGAAGGCAAAUAUGAAAGAACUCAAUCGAAUUUUCGCUGAGCUUCCACUCCAGACCGUUCUACAAGGGAACAAUGCAACCGGGGCAGACACUGCGUCUGAAAGGCCACUGAACCCCGAGGAGGAGGCUGUUGUUAACGAAAUAUGCCAUGUCAUCCCAGUUGAUCCUACCAGCUUCCGGCCCCUGACAAAUAUCUUCGAGAUUGGUCUGGACAGCUUGAGUGCCAUCGGGCUGUCCAUCAGAUUACGCAACAUUGGAUAUGCCGCUACUGUGGCCCUUGUCAUGGGCAAUCCGAUUAUUGAGCAGCUCGCCCGCCUCCCUAGAUCUUCGGGUGCAGAGUCUGGGGUCUCAAAGUUACAAGAGCGAUCCAAGGAAUUGGAAGCCCAAUACCAGGAUCUUCUUUCUCAGAAUAUAAAACUCUCCCAGGUGGCGGUGCUUCGGCCUUGUCUACCUCUACAGGAAGGUUUGGUAGCACGAUCUAUCAACAGUGACAGCGACCAGCUCUAUGUCAACCACGUCACCCUGCAACUUGAGAAGAACGUUGACUCAGAAAGGCUGAAAGCCGCCUGGGAAUUCAUUGGCAACACUAAUGAGAUUCUGAGGACCUCAUUUGUUUCACUGGAGAAGGAGAUUGCUCAAGCUGUUCUUUCAGAGAGUGCUUAUGCAAUUGGGUGGACCGAAUCAGAGUAUGACAGUUUGGAUGAGGCAAUUCAGCAGCAAAAGUCACAGCAGGGACAGAUAUCGCGCGCAAUCAUCUCAGAUAUCUCCAGUGUGCCACCAGUGCGUUUCCACCUUGCCAAAUCCGCAGCCGGCCAGCAUGCACUGGCGUUAUUUAUCUCCAUCCACCAUGCACUAUAUGAUGGAGAAUCGCUUGCAAUGAUGCUAGACGAUGUCGCUAUGCGUUAUCAAGGGAAGGAACUCCCCCAAAGAGGAUUGCCGUCCGCUUUCCUAGAGCAUGCCUGCUUCCAGGACACAGACAAGGCUAAGCAGCACUGGGAGCAAACACUGGCAGGAUGCAAUCCAACAAGCCUACGAUCAGAGACAGAUACUGCAAAGAGUACAGUGUCUGUGCGUCGGAGUCUCAGUGCUAAACUUACCGCGUUGGAAAGUCGGUCGGCAAGUUUCCAGACAACAGUUCCGAACUUGAUGCAAGCGAUUUUCGGUCUUUUGUUGGCUGAUUAUGUCGGUACAUCUGAUGUGACUUAUGGUCUUGUUAUGUCAGGGCGAACUGUAUCAGCUGCAGGUGCGGACUCGGUGCUUCUGCCCUGCAUCACAACUGUACCAGUGCGACUCAAUACAGACGAUCUCAAUAACGUCAGUGACGUGGUGACUGCCGUGCAGAGGUCGACCGUUCGGUCUCUGGAAUUCCAGCAUACACCGUUGAGGAAGAUUCAGCAGUGGUUGAGGUCUGAAGUCCCGCUCUUUGACUCGUUAUUCUCAUACAUCCGCGCCACCGAGUCACCAGAACACAACCUGUGGAAGGAACUGGAGAGCCAUAUGCCAUCAGAAUACCCACUAGCCCUAGAGGUACAGGCCGACAAUACCACUGAUAGCGUGCAACUCGACUGCAUCUUCUCUUCUGAUUUUGGGUCGCAAACGGAUGGAGAGGAGUUCGUCGAGAAGAUAGAUGCGGUACUUACCGAUUUGCUAUCAGGUGGUAGCCUGCCUUUAGAUAGCUUCAACCUUGCGCAAUCACAGGUUUCCGGCUCCCGCAGUUCUGCUACGCAAUGGGAUGACUCGACAUGGUCUGAGUCGGAGACGAGAAUUCGAGAACUUGCAUCCGCCUUUUGUGGGCUGGAGAUUUCUGCUGUGUCCAAGGGUGCUUCGUUUUUGAGCCUGGGCAUUGACUCGGUUACAGCUAUCCAGUUUGCUCGCAAGCUCCGUGAUGAGGGAUUCAAGGCUUCUUCGUCCGAUAUCAUGCGGUUUACAUGUGUCGGCGCCUUGGCAAAGCAUAUUGACGAAGCCUCCUGCAAGCCGCAGGUCAAUGGUGUUAAUGGAGUUAAGCAUGAUAAGAGUGCUACGAUACCAGUUGACACUUAUGGAGAGCAUGUUCCUUGCCUUGGUGACAACGAUUCUGUUGCCUCUAUGUUCAAGUGUACACCACUGCAGUCAGGAAUGAUCACACAGACCAUCAGCUCCGGUGGAAAGGUUUAUGCCAACCCUCACCCGAUCUGCCUGAAUGACUCGGUGGACAUUGACAAACUCAAGUCCGCUUUGAACCAGGUCAUCCAGAAGAACGAAAUCUUACGGACUUCUUUCCACCUUAUCCAGAGUCUCGGCGAGAGUUGGAUUGGUGCAGUGCAUAAUGAUCCUCCAUUUGAAUGGACGGAGGUCUCCCUAUCAUCAACGGCUAACGUGCUGUCCGAGGUCAUGUCUCUCUUCACUUUAGAUGGCGAAAGCUCCUUCCAGACCCCGCCGAUACGCUCUGUACUAGUCCACCAACCCGAGACCAGAGUUCUUGUUAUUGUGAUCCACCAUUCCCUCUACGAUGGUGCCUCUCUCCCCUUUGUCUUCGAGGAUCUUGCAGCAAUCUAUGCGGGCCAAUCCCCAGAAAACCGUCCCCAGUUCUCCGAGAUGGUACCGUACGUGCUGGAAGAACAGGAAAGGUCCUGCGAGUUCUGGUCCAACAAGCUUCAGGGCUACCAGCCCGUCGGAAUCCCUCAACUCCGGGAUACUGCUCCAUCUGCAGAUCGCAUGUUUGCCUCUGAGCACCGAAUUUCCCUCGACCUAGCCAAAAUCACCCAGGCCUGCAAGGAAAUGGAAGUCACAAUCCAAAGCAUUGCACUUCUGGCCUAUGCCAAAGUGUACGCCCAGCUGGUCGGAACACGCGAUGUCGCGUUCGGACAAGUCCUUGCAGGACGGACCCUACCUCAUCCGGAUGCAGAUCGCACACUUGGACCUCUGUUCAACACCGUUGCGCAGAGAGUCACAAUUGAGCCCAAAUUCCUAAGCAACAGGGCUCUUGUACAGCGACUGCAGCAACACACUACAGAGGCACAGGCCCAUCAGCAUGCAUCGUUGCGCACUAUUCAAAACACCCUACGACAAUCCGGGCAACUUGGCUCUUCUCAGCUCUUUGACGCCCUAUUCGUCUUCCAGAAGAGCGCCGCGCUGUCUGAUACCAGCCUGAACAAGCAAGAUAUCUGGGUACCGUUUGAAGCUGAUGAUUAUGUGGUUGACGCUGAGUACAAGCUUAACAUUGAGGUUGACCACGCACCAGACGGGAUUGUCCUCACGGCAACAUCUAACGGCUUGUACAUCGAUCAAGAAAUGCUUGAUAACCUCAUCCGUGGAUUUGAUACCGUCUUCUGCGACAUCGUCGAACAUCCCACGAGAUCCUCGACAACCAUGCCACAAGGGCUCGGAGACCUGCCAUUGAAACGGGACUUGGAGAAGGAUGAAGGCAUUCUUUCUGACAACUCGGAGGCUCCUGAACAUGAGGAUACUAUCAAGUCAGUACUAGCAGAGGUCGCUGGUGUCCCCGUUGAAAACGUCAAACCAACCACGAGCAUUUUCAACCUCGGCCUCGACUCUCUAUCCGCCAUUCGAAUUGCCUCCAUUUGUCGAGGUAAGGGAUUAAAGGCCAGCGUGGGCGACAUCCUCCAGGGAAAUACUGUGCGUGGUAUCAGUGGACGUGUGAAGCCAACCGCAGCGCCCAACGAGCUUUCCCAGGGUGCAUUGAUCAAGGACUAUUCUCGUGUUGAACAGGAGGUUCUUGGAAAGCUCAACUUGAACAGGGACGCCAUCGAAAGCAUUCUACCCUGCUUACCAGGACAAUUCCACCACCUCGCGAGCUGGUUGAAGGCUGACCGAGCACUACUCGAACCGGCCUGGGCUUUCUUCAGCCAAGAGCGUAUUGAUAGUGCAAAGCUUGAGAAAGCAUGGUCUAAUCUUCGCGAACGACACCCGGUCCUACGCACGGUCUUCACGGCCACCUCGCCGUCGGAGGCUGUCCAAGUUGUUUUGAAGGAUGUAACCGGCUCUGAUACAUUCAAGACUGUCGAGUCUACUGAGGGUAUUAGCGAGCUGGCCAAAGCACAGUCUGGCGAAGAAGCCCUACAUCCGUCUUCACUGCUCUCCCCCCCUGUGCGACUGCGACAUCUCAAAGCUGCUGACAACGACGGAAUUCUCAUCAUCAUUCACCACUCUCUCUACGAUGCAUGGUCAAUGCCCAUGCUUGUCUCCGAGCUCAGUAGUCUCUACCGGGAGCAGACCCUAGACGCAAGCCCCGACUUCCCUGCCUUUGUGGACUUCUCGUUCCGCUCUCUUGCUCAGCACGACGAGAAGGCAUACUGGACGUCAGCACUCAGGUCCCCGGCGUCAACAUUCAUCAGAGGCACGAGUGAUACCUCGCAACUUCCAAAACAGAUGUUUAUCGGCUCAUGGGAGAAGGUCAAGAACCUCUCUGUCAUGGAAUCCAAAUGCCGAGCGGCAGGCUUGAGUCUUCAAACAAUUGUUCUCCUCGCCGUUGCUCGCUCCAUUGCUAAAGCCACUGGGGUCGCCAGCCCACUCAUGGGUCUAUACCAGGCAGGACGGUCUGCAGCAUUCAACGAUAUCGAAAAGCUGGCCGGACCCUGUCUGAGUGUUAACCCAUUAGUCGUCCACGACGCCAUUCCCAGCACCAACACUCAAGAACAAAAGCAAGGGAUCAUAAAACAGGCACAGAACAUCCAGGCAGCUCUUGCAGACCGCGUUUCCUAUGAACAAAGCUCCCUCCGUGAUAUCCUAGGCUGGGUUAACCCAGACGGCCCAACAUCACUAUUCAACACCUGGGUCAACCUCCUCUGGAUGCAGAACAACAUCCCACGGGCCCCUGAGCAUCCUCCUAAACAGGAUGACAACCAGGACGAAAACAUCGAGCUCUUCCAGCCGCUCCGCAUUGGCGUGCCCACGGACUUCCUUCCAGCCGAACCGCUACCUGUCGCGACCACACCAAUCGAUGGCCUUGAUACUUCCUUCCUAUCCGAGGAAAAUAUAUUCCUGGAUAUCGGGCCUAAUCAGGCGACAGACAGUAUUGGCUUCGGAGUGCGUGUUGAGGGUGGCUUCCUUUCUGAACAGGAGGUGAGAGAGCUUGUGGAUGGAAUUGCGCUGGAGAUAGAAGGGAUUGUUUCUUGUUUGACGUGA